UGGUAAGAGAAGAGGUUAUGUGUUUCUUGGCGGAUUUCAUCGGAUGUUAAAUCAGCCUUAUUCUUAUUUUAAAACAUACUUCUCAAUAAAUAUAUUAUAAGCGUAUUAAUGAAACAAAUUUUGAAAGCAGUUUUGCUCGGGAUUCCUGUAGGUAUAACUUUUGUUGAUUUUGUAGGAUAUGUUGCCAGAGUAGAUGGUGUUUCAAUGCAACCAGCUUUAAACCCAAAUCCAGCUUCCACUACAGAUUAUGUAUUUUUAAAUCGAUGGUCAGUUAGAUUUUAUGAAGUUUCGAGAGGCGAUGUUGUAGCUCUAACGUCCCCCAAAGAUCCAGAUCAAAAGUUGAUCAAACGAAUAGUUGGACUUGAGGGAGAUAUCAUCAAUACACAAGGAUACAAAAACCCAUUUGUUCGAAUACCAGAAGGACACUGUUGGGUGGAGGGUGAUCAUAAAGGUCACUCAAUGGACUCAAACCUUUUUGGACCUGUGUCUCUUGGUCUCAUAUCUGCCAAAGCAACUGCAAUAGUGUGGCCUCCAAGUAGAUGGCAAAAUGUCAAAUCUUUUGUGCCAAAAGAAAGGAAACCAAUCUUGAUGAAACUUGAAGAGUGA